AAUCGACGCGUUUGUCUCUCGGCCUUGUGAUUCCUUCUAGAAGUCUCUAGUCUCUGCUUCGCCUCGCCGUCGCUGCCGCCAAGGUCAUCUUCGGCGGAAACCCUACCCUGCCCCGCCGGAACCCGCGGGUAGGUAGGUACCAAGAGGGGGGAGUCGGAGAAGAGGAGCGAGGAGGAGUUGGAGAUGGUGUUCGGGCAGGUGGUGAUCGGGCCGGCGGGCUCCGGCAAGACCACCUACUGCAACGGCAUGUCCCAGUUUCUCUCCCUCAUCGGCAGGAAAGUUGCGGUUGUCAAUCUCGACCCUGCGAAUGAUGUACUGCCAUAUGAUUGUGCCAUCAACAUCGAGGACCUCGUAAAACUGAGCGAUGUCAUGGAUGAGCACUCACUUGGCCCUAAUGGAGGGCUUGUUUAUUGCAUGGAUUACUUGGAUAAGAAUAUUGACUGGCUUGAGGAAAGAUUGAAGCCUCUUAUUGAAGAUCACUAUCUGUUAUUUGAUUUUCCUGGCCAAGUGGAACUUUUCUUCGUUCACUCAAAUGCAAGAAGUGUUAUUAAUAAACUCAUCAAAAAGCUAAACUUGAGGCUGACUGCUGUGCAUCUUGUUGAUGCCCAUUUGUGCUGCGAUCCUGGGAAGUAUGUGAGUGCCUUGCUUCUUUCACUGUCAACGAUGCUACACUUCGAAUUGCCACACAUCAAUGUCUUGUCAAAGAUUGACCUCAUUGAGAACUAUGGAAAUUUAGCAUUCAACCUUGACUUCUACACUGACGUCCAAGAUCUUUCUUAUCUGCAAUACCAUCUUGAGCAAGAUCCUCGUUCUGCCAAAUAUAGGAAACUUACUAAAGAGCUCUGUGAUGUGAUCGACGAAUUUAGUUUAGUCAAUUUUACAACUUUGGACAUCCAGGACAAGGAAAGUGUCGGCAAUCUUGUGAAGUUGAUUGACAAGAGCAAUGGUUAUAUAUUUUCUUCUAUUGACAGUAGUGCGGUUGAGUUCAGCAAAAUUGCGGCAGCACCUCUUGAUUGGGAUUACUACAGAACAGCAGAAGUGCAGGAGAAGUACAUGAAAGAUGAUGAGUUCGUGCAACAAAGCAGCAGGAUGAAAUGAGUCUGACAUUGGGUUGCCCCGCUUUUGCACUACGGAUGAAACAUGUCAGCGUGGCAUACAGAGUCUGUUCUUCGGUAGAACAAUGUGAACUUGUUUGAACUCAUAUAUCCCAGCUGUAAAUGUCUGAAGUUUCUUGCUAGUUGCCUGAUGUGCAGUGUGUUGCCGGUAUCUCUUGGAACGAAAAUGGUUCACUUGGGAAAAAAUCCUUAUGUUCCCAUUGAAGCUAUCUGACUUGUAACACCUUUUUUGUGAAUUAGUCAGCACUUAUGUCUA